CAAACUGCGCGCACGAAGUUGGAGAGGCGCUGAGACUCUGGAGGAACAUCUGCCUGUUGACUGUCAAAGGACGUACCGGAGCUGGUCCAUUCCAGCUGUGCGCCACGUUAAAAUCUCUCUCUCUAUAUAUAUAUAUAUAUAGUGACAUUGUAUUUGCGCGUGAAUGUAGCCAUAUUUUUCCGCAUUCAUUCCGUUCAACGCAAAGCAAGGCGCAGCCUAUAAUAAUGAAGUGCAGCCAUGGCAGGCAAGGGUAAGGCAGCUGCGAGGACGCUGGAGGAUUUGACGCUCGAUUCCGGUUAUGGUGGAGCAGCGGACUCGUUUAGGUCGUCCAGCGUGUCGCUUUGCUGCUCCGACACGCACCCGUCGUUCCCGCAUGGGGGAAACUGCUGGCAUCUGACCGAAUCCAUGCACAGCAGACACAACAGUCUGGACACGGUGAACACCGUGCUGGCGGAAGACACAGAGAUCCUGGAGUGCUCGGGCCAGUGUGCCAAGCUGCCCGAGCUUGAGGAGGUACCGUGGAGCGUGGCUGAGGUGGAGGGCGCGCUGCGUAAGGACGAGGAGAUGGUGCGCACAGCCGGCGCGUCCCGCGACAUCGUGGCGAAGCUGUCGGCGCUGCUGAGCCGCGCGCUGGUCAGGAUCGCCCGCGAGGCGCAGCGCCUGAGUCUGCGCUACGCCAAGUGCACCAAGCACGAGGUCCAGAGCGCCAUCAAGGUGGUGCUGUCAUGGACCAUCUCUGCCAACUGCGUGAGCGCUGCGCUCGGUGCGCUCUCGCUCUACAACAUGAGCACGGGCGAUCGCUUCAGCCGGGGCAAGUCAGCCCGCUGCGGUCUCGUCUUCUCCGUCGGGAAGUUCUUCCGAUGGAUGGUGGACAGUCGUGUGGCCUUGAGGAUCCAUGAGCACGCCGCCAUCUACCUGACCGCCUGCAUGGAGACCCUUUUCCGCGAGGUGUUCGGUCGCGUACAGACAAGCGCGCUCGUAGAGAAGGAGAACGGAGUUCCCAAGCUCACCGUCGAGUCCCUGGAACAAGCCAUCAACAACGACUCAGAGCUAUGGGGUCUGCUGCAACCCUACCAGCAUCUCAUCUGUGGCAAAAACGCAAGCGGUGUGCUGAGCCUGCCGGACAGCCUGAAUGUACACCGUGAUCAGCAAAGAGCGGGGAAGAAUGCAGAAGGUCAUGUGUUCACCCAGGCUGAACUGCGCACCAUUGAACAGUCUCUCCUGGCCACCCGUGUGGGAAGCAUUGCUGAGCUAAGUGAUCUGGUGUCUCGCGCCAUGCACCACCUCCAGCCCCUCCACAUCAAGAGCCCAAGCAACGGCACGCCGGUGCACCAGAACCGCGGAGGACCCAUCCACUGGGAACCGGAGGCUCUGUACACCCUCUGCUACUUCAUGCACUGUCCCCAGAUAGAGUGGGAGAACCCCAAUGUGGAGCCCUCCAAGGUCACCCUGCAUACAGAAAGGCCGUUCAUCGUGCUGCCUCCGCUGAUGGAAUGGAUCCGGGUGGCUGUAGCGCACACUGAGCACCGGCUCAGCGUUUCUGUAGACAGUGACGAUGUGAGACAAGCCGCCAGACUGCUCCUGCCCGGAGUGGACUGCGAGCCGCGGCAGCUCAAAGCAGACGACUGUUUCUGUGCCACACGAAAGUUGGACGCAGCCUCCACAGAGGCCAAGUUUCUGCAGGACCUGGGCUUUCGGAUGCUCAACUGUGGUCGCACUGAUCUCGUCAAGCAAGCGGUCAAUCUGUUAGGACCUGACGGCAUAAACAGCAUGAGCGAACAGGGAAUGACCCCGCUCAUGUACGCGUGUGUCCGUGGUGACGAGGCCAUGGUACAGAUGCUGCUGGACGCCGGGGCUGAUAUCAACAGCGAGGUUCCCAGCUCAAUACACAGACACCCCUCAGUUUAUCCUGACACCAGGCAGGGGGCUCCACUCACUUUCGCCGUGUUGCACGGACACGUCCCUGUCGUGCAGCUGCUACUGGAUGCUCGGGCCAAUGUGGAGGGGGCCUUGCAAGAUGGAGCUGAGAACUACGCUGAAACACCGCUCCAGCUGGCUUCUGCUGCAGGCAAUUUUGAGUUGGUCAGUUUGCUUUUGGAGAGGGGAGCAGACCCCUUAAUUGGAACCACUUACCGCAAUGGCAUCACUUCUGCUCCUUUAGGGGAUAUGAACUCAUACAGCCUUGCUGCAGCGCAUGGGCACAGGAACGUUUUCCGGAAGCUUCUGUCCCAGUCGGAGAAGGACAAAGGCGACAUGAUGUCUCUAGAAGAGAUCCUGGCUGAGGGCUCAGAGGCUGGCGGCGAGAAACGAACAAGCCACUCAGAGGGCACACUGCGCACAGGCAAGGCGAAACUGAGGGCCCUCCGAGAGGCCAUGUACCACAGCGCCGAACACGGCCAUGUGGACAUUACCAUAGACAUCCGCAGCUUGGGUGUGCCAUGGACUCUGCACACAUGGCUGGAGUCUCUGAAGACGUGCUUUCUGCAGCAGCGGCGGCCGCUGAUCCAGGGCCUGCUUAAAGACUUUAGCUGCAUCCAGGAGGACGAGUACACCGAAGAACUCAUCACGCAUGGCCUACCGCUCAUGUUCCAGAUCCUCCGAGCUAGCAAGAACGAAGUCAUCAGCCAGCAACUAGCUGUAAUCUUCACCCAGUGCUAUGGGCCAUUUCCAAUCCCCAAGCUGACAGAGAUCAAAAAGAAACAAACCUCACGACUGGAUCCACAUUUCCUGAAUAAUAAAGAGAUGUCAGAUGUGACGUUCCUGGUGGAGGGAAAACCAUUUUAUGCCCACAAGGUGCUGCUCUUCACAGCAUCGGCGAGGUUUAAGUCGCUGCUCUCCAAUAGGCCCGCUGCAGAGAACACAUGCAUUGAAAUCAGUCACGUCAAGUACAACAUUUUUCAGUUGGUGAUGCAGUACCUGUACUGCGGUGGCACUGAGUCACUGCACAUCAGAAACACUGAAGUCAUGGAGCUCCUGUCUGCAGCCAAGUUCUUCCAGCUUGAGGCCCUCCAGCGACACUGUGAGAUCAUCUGCUCCAAGAAUAUCACCAUAGAAACGUGCGUGGAUAUUUACAAACAUGCCAAGUUCCUGGGGGCCACAGAGCUGUCAACGUUCAUCGAAGGCUACUUUCUGAAGAACAUGGUGCUCCUGAUUGAGCUGGAGAACUUUAAGCAGCUCCUGUACGAGAUACCCGCUGAAAGCCCCGGCCCAGGCCCUUCCUACGACGUGCUCCAUGAUCUGGAACGAACCCUGGCCGCUCGCAUCCACUCCAUCCAUCUCUCCUCUUCCAAGGGCUCCAUUGUCUGAUCGCUUGUCUGAUCCAGUGCAAGAUUUCACCCAUUUUGGCCUGCUGUGACACUUUGGAUUCAUUGCAGGCUCCUUUUGAUGUCGUUGGCUGAUUUCUAGGAUGAAUGUGUGUGAGCAGUUUUGACAUCCACUGAUCUGUACCAAAAGGUUGCAGGUCUUUUUUUUUUUUUAAUUAACUUCAGAGGCAAAUGUGCCAUUUCAUGGGAACAUUAUGUGUCGUGCAAACACUUAACCAGCAUUCUGACAUGGAAUCGCUGGGCAAAAUCAGACAUGUUACCACUAAAGAUGUCAUCUUCACUCUGCUUAAGCUCUUGUGGACACUGCAGAUCAGUCAAUAAGGGAAGAACCAUGAACUUGGCAUUUAGUCACUGCAUUUCCAUCACAUUAUCUUUCCUUGAUCACUUUUCCAGCAUCAGAUAAGAAAAUAUUCAGUAAAAUUUUCCCUUACACCAUUUACAUUCAAGAUAAAGAGCACGUCAAUUACAAACGCUCUAAUUACAGACUUAAAAGCGAAACCAUUUUAGCCAAUUUGCUUUAUUUAAUUAUAAUACACCUUUUAUAUCAAUGUGCCAUUCAGAAACGAUAUAGAAGCAAUUUAUUUACAAUAUGACUUGUUUAGGUUUACAUUAUUUGUAGCAGUAGAUACGGUUUAGUCUGGAAAUGUGGAUUAGUCCACAAAUUAGUUUGCAAACAGUGUAAAAGUGGGAGGAAAAAAAAAAAAAAACACUAGCGCACACAACAGAUUACAGAAUGUUUGUAUAGCAGGAUUUUUCAUUCGGCAUCUCAUCUUAUUUAACGAUAGACAUGGUCUGUAGUUAAGAAGCAGUUUGUCACACUGCCCUUGCUAAUUGUGCUCUUCUAGGUAACACAUCGUCCUCACUGUAGGAAGUCCUGUGCUCCAUGUCCCGCUUCCUUUCCACCCAGUUUUAAUGACUUAUGAAACCACCACUGUGCUUAGUACACUGAAAACUGAGCAGCUCAUCCUUGCCUUGAGGUUGUGUAAAAUCACUAUUCUAUUUCAAUAAACUGCAUGGGCCCUUUGCAGCCUUUACAUUUUGUAAUAAAAAAACAAACAAACAAAGGGAAUUUAAAAAAAAAAAAAAACAGUGCUAUCGAAUGCCAUCAGUAUGUCAUUAAAGGACGACUCUUCUUAAAUUCCAAACUGUGGACGCAAAGUGUGUGGGACUCACUACCGUUCAAACGAUGGCCGUUUCAUGGAAUGCGAAUGGAAAAAUAUUUACAGGAAAUUGCCAACACACUGGUCAAUACUACUAGGACUCUACAAAGUGUACAUACUGUACUGCGAAUCCAUGUCUGCACCUCUGCUUUGGUUAUAUGUGAUCUCAAGCUCAAGCGUUGCUGUUUUGUGUAAUUCUCUCAUUGCCAAAUUGCAUGUCUUGUGUUUUUGUUAGGAUUUUUUAUUUUUUUUUAAAUUCCGUUUUAUUUUUGUGUCUCCUUCACUGUGGGUGUUAAACUGUCCUAGGACUGUAAUACCAGCAUGUGUGUACGUGUGUGUGCGCACGCACGUGCGUGUGUGUAGGCACACACUGAACCCAAAGUAACUAAUGUAUAGGAAAAAUAAUAAGGCACUUCAUCCAAAGAACAUCUGAAGUUACUGCUAGCAUCAGAAGAAAUUCAAGACGAUGGUCUGUUUGUCCAUUUUAGUCUUUGUUAUAAUUUGCACCUGUAACGGCAACCCAGUAAUCCCAGUAUAUUGUGUAUUAUAUACAUCGAGCACAUAAAAUCUAAUGUUGGUAUGCAACGUUUAAGAAAAGGAAAAUGUAGAGAGAUUGAACGAUGGAUUGAAAAUUAAGUUUUGUAAUUAAGUAACAUGAACAGUUUAUGUAUCAAGAGCUGUACAUGACAGACUGGAAUGUUUCGUGGGCUGAGAAGGUUGCUUAAUCUUCCUGUUUCCGAUGUGUAAUAAGAGAUUUAACAGAAUUAAAAGAGUUUAUACAUAUGUAGCUAACAAAGGGAUGAUAUCGUGAUGCAAAUAAUUAUAAACUGUGAAGAUUAUUUUAUUUGAAAUCAUAGUAGCUUUAUUUUCUUACAAUAUAUGUCAUAUUGUUAGACUCCUUUCAGAUGUUUUGUUGUAGCUAAGACAAUCGUAUAUUUUUCCCCCCUCUCCAACACCCUCAAUUUUCAGUCAAAUGUCAAGUGUUUUUCUCAUGUACGUGUGCCAAAAUGUAUCGCAAAAGGUUCAACACAAGCAAACCCAUGGACAUGCAGUGAUUUACAAAACGGAUACGGUCAAGGAGUCCAUGUUUUAACUUUUUUAAUCUCUUGAUGGCUUUUUGUUCAUUGCUCUUGCUAGAACUGAAGUUGUGAAAGCAAUAUUGCACAUAUAAUCAACUCUUAAGAAAGAUAUGAUUUUUGUUAUUGUUGCAUAUGCCGGAUACUGGGAAUGGUUGUCUUUCUAGGUCUUUAUUGAUUAGUGGACUAGUCCUGUAGUUCAGUACUACACUAAUUACUUAUUCACUGAGGACCAGUAAAAACUAGAGGCCAUUGUGGUUGUUAGUGGAUCCUUAAAACAAACUUCUUCAGACAAAAUAAUAACUUGCUCCUUGUGUCUUGGCUUUGACUUUUAUCUGCUUUGGCUGCUAUUAAGACAUGCUUACAGACAACAUGGCUCUGCGCCGUGGUUUUCUUUGAUGUCUCUAUUACACAAAACUUGCAUGCUUUGACUGAAUCUGAGGGACUUAGUUUGCUAUCCUUAUUUCACUUGAUUGCAAAAUUGUACAUUGUACAAAGGAUACAUAUAUAGAAAUAUAUCUAUUAAAUUUAGUGUAAAUAUAAGGGAUGUGAUUGACCAUCAUUGGAGAAAAAAAAAAGAAUGUCACUUCUGCUACAGUGCAAUUGUUCAAUGACAUGCGUUUGUGUACAGCCAAUA